AUGGUAAUUGUCGAUACGGAGACUACAGACAGUUGGGAAUGGUUUUUUAUGCAUUUGUCGAAUAUAUUGUUAGAUGAAAGACCAAUUACCUUCAUAUCUGAUCAGAACGUUGGACUUUUGGAGGCUUUACCCAAGGUUUUACCUACUACUUACCACUAUUUUUGUCUCCAACACUUGAAGGCCAAUUUGAGGGAUAGGUUCUCCGGUCCAAGUUUCAACAAUACUUUUAGGAGUAGAAUAGUUUUUUUGUUUUCUUCAUGUGUUUAUGCUCUGACAGUGGGAUGUUUUAAUCAGUGUUUGAAAGAAUUACAAGAUGAGGGAAAAGGGAUUGUUUGUAGGUUUCUAUCCAAUUUGCCCUAUGACAAGUGGACUAAUGCAUAUUUUAAAGGACAAAAAUACGGUGAAUUGCACUCGAAUGUGGUAGAGUCUUUCAAUUUAUGGAUCCGUCAAGCUCGUCGUUUGCCCACUACGAAGAUGAUUGAUUCAAUUAGGUUAAAGAUCAUGGAUUUGAUGUCGAGAAUGAGAGAACAAGCUAAAAUAUGGAAUACUUUUCUUUGUCCGAAGAUGGAUUCAACAUUAGUAAAUGCUCUUAAAAGUGGAAGAACUUGGUUGGUUAGUCAUUCAAGUGAUCAUGUUUUUGAGGUUCAAUCCCGGUCAUCGGUUAGCGUUGACCUCUUGAAUAGAACUUGCUCAUGUUACCAAUGGCAAUUGAAUGGAUUUCUUUGUGCUCACGCAGUGGCCGCUAUCCAAAAGAGCGGAGGUGAUUUGUAUGCAUCUAUGGAACCAUUUUAUUACACUAACAAGUUCAAAGCUUGCUAUGCUGAGUCCGUUUAUCCAAUACCCACUGUUAAGAAACCUUUUGUAGCUAUAGAUGAUCUUGUUGUCCUUCCUCCAAUUUGUAAAAAGCCACCUGGUAGGCCAAGGAAGAAUAGGAUUCCAUCUAGGGUUAAGAAGAUAAGACGAGUACAGUGUGGUAUAUGCGAGAAGUACAGUCAUAAUAGGAAGACUUGCAAUGAGACAUUGCCAUGA